GGGCGAUGACACCUGGGAGACAGCUACCGUUGUUAGAAUAUUUGACUGUGUUUCCGGCGAAAGAGAGUAAUGCCUCGGCAUUCCUAGACACAAGCCAAAUUAUCGUGGCUGGGCUACAUCACCACGCCGCACCAAAAAGUAUUCGUCCCCUUUCUCAAAUCGUGGAAGAACUUCAUUAUAUAUGGCCUCUGGAAAAACUUGCCAAGUAUAAGGAAAGAGAAUGUUUCAACGAA